UUUAUUUGAAGAUUUGUUUAAUGUAGAGCGAGGACAUUAUUUCGUACAACAAUGGCAGCUUCCUGUGAUCAGACCAAGGAUGUUCCAUCCUCUUCCUCAAGCAGACCUGGGUCAUCGUCCGGGUCAGCGUCAGGGUCAGGGGUAAAAUCAGAGGCACAGAAGAAGAUGGAGAGAAUGAACAGAAUUAAGAACCUUCAUCUCAAGAGGAAUGAAGCGAGAAAAUUAAACCAUGUGGAGCUUGUUGAGGAGGAUAGAAGGAACAAAUUACCGGUUAACCAUGAAGCGCAGAAGAGAAGAAAUGAAUGGAUUCUUAAAGAUGAAGAAGAUAGGAAGCAAGCUGAAGCUAGAGGGGAAGACUAUGAAAGAGUGAAGAUGUUAAAUAUGUCAGCAGAGGAAGCGGAGAGGUUUGAGAGGAAGAAAAAGAAGAAGAAUCCUGAUCAGGGCUUUGCAGACUAUGAGCAGGCUACCUUCCGUCAGUAUCAGCGUCUAACCAAACAGAUGAAGCCAGACCUAGAUGGUUAUGAGAGGCAGAAAGAGAAGCUAGGAGAUGACAUCUAUCCUGAUCAAGAUACUCUCACACAGGUUGAAUUCAAGGAUACAGAAGAAGGAAUUAAUAGGAUGGUGGAUGACCUCAAUAAACAGAUUGAAAAGAGAGAAAAGUACAGCAGGAGAAGAGCGUUUAACGAGGAGGAUGACGUUGAUUACAUCAAUGAACGUAACAUGAGAUUCAACAAGAAGAUUGAACGUUUCUAUGGAAAGUACACUGCAGAGAUCAAACAGAACCUUGAGAGAGGAACUGCUGUGUAGUAAAACAAAACUCAGAGGACUUGAAUAAACAUUUAGAUAACUGUUUAUUGCCGUGGUGAAAUGUAAACAGGCUUAUUCUACUACGUAAGAUGACUCUGAGGUAAUAUUAGAAUUGUGAUCUUGUAACCUAUGAUCUGUGAAAUCCAAGUUGGUUAAUGAAUUAGUCCUCAUAAGUGGGCUCCUCCAAAGAUGUCUAAGUAUCUGUAGCACUCUGUGUGGUACGUACAAGCAUGGACAUCCCUUAUGCGGUCUGAUAAAACAAACAGAUGUGCAAUGUUUAUGCAGUGUCAGCGAGUACAAUCUGGUUCUCUCUUUCAUUGAUAUUUACCUAUUGAAUGAACUCACCAAGAAGAUGUCCUCAUUACUCGGCCCCUCCGAUACGAUGCUAUUGGUUAUCUGCUUCCAGGUUCAUAACGACAUAACCAAGUUAAAGCGCCAGUGCCAUGGUAUUAAACCUCAGUACAUGGCCCCUCGGAGAUGACUUGAUAAAAUUGUUCUUCUGUUAGUUUUCCUACAAGUAUACAAAUAAACAUCUUGGCUCUUGUGCCAGUUUUCAGGAAAAGUUUUGCCCCUUGGAUCCGAGCCUGGUUUCAUGUCUAAUGUUAGACCAAAAGCUUUGUUCUCUGUUUAUUGGUUGUUCCGCUGAACUCCAUUGGCUCCACUCACCAAUUACAGAGACCGAAGUUCUAACUUGAUCUGUACAGGGACUCAAUGGCCAUAUGUUUAUGUAUUAAGUUCGGAUAAACCAGGGAAGUGGGAGUUGCGCAACAGCCGAAGUAAGUCACUGUUGUGUUUUUUUCCUUUUAAGUCUAUUUUUCCCCAUUUUGGUGUAUUUCAGGCGAAAACGGAAUCUUAAUCUUUAUUUUGGUCCAGUUCUUUUCAUAUAUUUUUAUGAAAUAAAGACAAAAUUCGAUGAGCCCUGUCGGGGGGAUUUUCCAUUGUUAACCCCCUAGUGGCGGCUGCACGAUCGUGAGCUGUCUGUGUACGAGGAGAAAUUAAAAAAAAAAUCAAAAAUAUUAAAAAACUCCUCGAAACAGAUGGCUGCCAGCUGUCUAACGUUUGCCUUUGAUACUGUACCUUAACACCAUUCAAAAGGAUUUCUAUUGUGAGGCCACCAGGCAUAAUUUUUCUCCAUGUAUCCACAGAUUUUGAAAUCCUGCAUAAUUGAAAAUUAAAAACUAAAUAUUUUUUAGGACUAGUAGAUACUUGAUAUGUCUUUCUAGAGCCCAAGUAUACUAUAAUCUGUAGUUGAUGAACCAUGAGUGACUUAUAUAUACUUAAUCAGUCAUUUUGGCAUCAUAUGAAGCUGCCCAAAACACAUAUUUGGAAUGGAUUUUUUUUUAUCAAACUUCACAACUGCAAUAUGUAUGUAAAGUCAAUAUUAUGGAUUUGUAUACUGUUUUAGGUUUAUACUGUAUGUUCCAUCCUCUUUAUGGGCACUUGAUGUAUAGUUCAGUGAACCAUUUAGAAGUAAAACUGGCCUACUAAAUGAUUUAGAAAUUCUGGACGUAUGUUAUUUUUACCACCAAUUCCAGUCUCUAUAAAGGAUUUUGGAUAUUGACAUACUAAUCUUUAUCCUCCACCCCCAAUCCUGCUAUAUUUACUUAGCCUUUGGGAGAAAUUAUUUAAAAGUGAUUCUUAUGGAAUAAAAUGGAAACAUCCACUGGCUUUUUAGAGGGUAUUGUUAAAUAUAUAGACAUAUCAUUUUAUAAAGUGUAAAGAUUUGUAUCAUUUUCAGGAUUCCCAGCCCAUCAGGGAAAGUUAUUUUGCUUUUUUCCAGUCAGGGAAUUUGAUAAGAAAUACCAAAAGUAGGGAAUUUUGAUCAGCCCAAAAGUUGAAAGCACGGUAGUCAGUCAGACUCUGUUAUAUUUUGUUGCAUAUCGAAACAAAAUCCAUUGAAUGACUGGUUAUGGUGGUACUAAUUAGUUUUACAUUAUUGUUUAUAUACUGAAAAUACAUGUAAUUCACUGCAACAACUUAGAAAACAUGCGAAACUGGGAAUGGGUUUAAAUAAUUAUCAGGGAAUUUUUAAACUUCAUCUGGGAAAUUUUUUUUCUUGAAAAGCCGGGAACCCUGAUAUUGAUUCACUAUUGCUUGCUUGUAAUCCACCUUCCCAUAAUCAGAGCCACAUAUUUCCAAAAACCCAAUUCAUCAUCAGCAAAGCAAUGAGCAUGCCAGUAAAAAUCAGCUGGCAAAGACUUUGCAUUAUUCCUGCUAUAAAUGCAUUAUGUGGAUUUACAGCAGCCCCAAUUGUUUUGUAUUCAAUGAAAUUUGGAUUAGAAGAACCUGGCAGGAUUUCUGUGAGGAAAAGAGUGGCUCAGACUAUUGGAAAGGUUCAUUAGGUGCCUUUUCUGUUCCAGAUAUUGGUACUUUAAUAGUAAGUCUUCAUUUUAAGCAGGAGGUAGACAUUUUUGUAUAGGUUUUAUGCCUCGGAUACAUUCAAAUUUGUGGAUUUAUUUGGAUAGAUUUCCAAGUAAUGUCGAACUACAUAUUGCAUCACCUCCUAGUAUCGUACCUAUACAUAUACUCUGUAGAUAUCCCCCCCC